GUUAAUGCAGUUCACAUUGCUAAAACAUCAAAAUUAUUACGCUCCUGUAAACCUGUUAUUAAAGGAUAUCUUAUAACAAGAGGUAGUUCUUCCCGGUCGGAGUCCUUUCUGUCAGGAUGUAACGCAAACUUUCUCGAAGCGCAGUACGUCGACUGGGUGAAAAAAAAUCCAGUUGAUUCCUCUUGGGACUGUUUCUAUGAAAGCCUCAACGCGAACGAGUUGAAAAUUGAAGAUGUCGAAGACGAGUUCACACCUAAAACAAAAACUGGUGAACAAAGUUGCAAGAAAGCUGAUGAUAACAAGGAAACAAUCAAGUUGCACCUGGCCGUGCAACAUUUGAUUCGAGGCUUCCAGAUCCGUGGGCACCUGCUGGCGCAGACUGACCCGUUGCGCAUGGCAAUCGCGGCCGACUGGAUCCUGCGAGCAAAGAACCAGCGCAUGAAGGCCGAAGCCGACUCUUCGACUCGACUGUCCAACUUCGAGUCGAAGUUCGUCGCUAGAGAGCUGGGAACUGUUCUCACUGACGCUCAUAUGAAUAUGAAAUUUGAACUUCCUCCAAUGUGCUACUUGGGAGGGAAAGAGCAUGAAUUGACAUUAAGCGAGAUAAAGAGGCGUCUGGAGAAUGUGUACUGCGGGUCGAUUGGCGUGGAGUACAUGCACGUGCACGACAUGGACAGCCUCCAUUUCGUGCGCGAGAAUCUCGAGACGCCUGGCAUUAUGGAGAAGACGCCAGAGCACAAGAAGCUCAUACUCCGCAGGCUCACCAAGGCUGUCUUCCUUGAGAAAUAUUUCGCAACAAAAUGGCCGGCCGAAAAGCGGUUUGGAUUAGAGGGUGGCGAGAGCCUGAUCGUGAUGCUGGAAGAGAUCGUUGACACGGCCACAGAGCUCGGCGUCGAGUCCAUUGUCAUGGGCAUGCCGCAUAGAGGUCGCCUGAACGUGCUGAUCAACGUGUGUCGGAAGCAGCUAACGGACAUCUUUGCUCACUUCAGACCAAUGGAGCCCAAAGAAGUGGGUUCGGGAGAUAUCAAAUACCAUUUGGGUACGUACAUUCAUCGGUUCAUCCGGCGUACGAACCGUUACAUCAAAGUAUCGAUGAGCUGCAACCCCUCGCAUUUGGAGGUGGUAACGCCCGUAGUGACAGGCAAGGCGCUCGCCGAGCAGCACUGGACCGGGGACAAGAAUGGUGAUAAGGUAAUGGCAAUAAUAAUGCAUGGGGACGCGGCAUUCGCGGGCCAGGGCGUGGUGUACGAGACGGCGCACAUCGGCCAACUGCCGCACUUCACGACCCAUGGCAGCAUUCACAUCGUCGUUAACAACCAGAUCGGCUACACCACCGACCCUAGGUUCGCCAGGAGCUCGCCCUACUGCACAGACGUGGCGAAGUGCGUUGACGCGCCCGUAUUCCACGUGAACGGAGACGAUCCGGAGGCGGUGGCGCACGCAGCCAUGCUCGCUAUCAAGUACCGCUGUCGCUUUAAGAAGGACGUCAUCCUCGACCUUGUGUGCUACCGCCGCUUCGGCCACAGCGAGGAGGACGAGCCCAUGUUCACGCAGCCCUUCAUGUACAAGAAGAUCAGGAAAAUGCCAACCGUGGACAAGCUGUACGCGGAAAAGGUGAAGGCAGAAGGCGUGGUGACGGACGCCGACAUCAAGCAGUGGGAGAAGGAGUACACGGACACUCUCAACAAGCACUUUGAGCUCGCCAAGAAGAUCACAAAACUCAGCAUUAUGGACUGGAUCGAUACGCCCUGGACUGGAUUCUUUGAAGCGAGAGAUCCUAAAAAGGUUGAAGAAACCGGAGUAUGUGAGGCAUCUAUUAUGACAAUUGCGAAUCACUUCUGCAAGCCGCCGGAGCCGUGGGCAUUCGAAACACAUAAAGGAAUCAACAAGAUUUUGCAAAAUCGAGAGAAAUUGGUGAAGGAGGGCAUCGCGGACUGGGCGAUGGGUGAGGCGCUGGCAUAUGGCUCGCUACUGCGUGACAACAUACACGUGAGGCUCACCGGCGAGGACGUCGAGCGUGGCACCAUGGCGCACAGACAUCACGUGUACCAUCAUCAAGGUGUAGAUGGUGCCACCUACCGCGUGCUAGACACCAUAUACCCGGACCAGGCCAAGUACUCGCUGCACAAUAGUUCACUAUCAGAAUUUGGUAUCCUCGGCUUCGAGACAGGUUACUCCUACUACAGUCCACACCAACUGUCGAUCUGGGAAGCGCAAUACGGUGACUUUGCGGACACAGCGCAGCCUGUUUUCGACACCUUCACCAGUAACGGCGAAAGCAAGUGGAUCUGUCAGUCGGCGCUCGUCGUCGCCCUGCCACACGGCAUCGAUGGCGCGGGUCCGGAGCACUCGUCGGCGCGUGUGGAGCGCUAUCUGACUAUGUGCGAUGAUCACGAGGACCAGGUGCCCGAUCUCGACGACAAGGAUAUGGCCUUAAAACAACUGAAGGUUGCGAACUGGAUAGUGUGUAACGUGACCAACCCCGCGAAUUAUUUCCAUCUGAUGCGGCGCCAGAUCGCGCUACCUUUCCGUAAGCCGCUGAUCCUCUUCACGCCUAAGGUCGGCCUCAAACACCCAUAUUACAGAUCGCCCUUCAAGGACUUCUACCCCGGCACGUGCUUCCGAAGGGCAAUACCAGAAGACGGUCCGGCAUCGAAGAAUCCAUCCUGCGUGAAGAAGUUAAUCUUCUGUUCUGGGAAAGUGGCAAUCACGAUCACUGAGCUACUAAAAGAGAAGAAGCUAGAAGAUAAGAUUGCGAUGUGCCGGAUUGAGCAGCUGUAUCCGUUCCCCUACGACAUCGUGCUGAAGGAGUUCUGCAAGUACCCGAAGGCCACGGUCGCGUUCUGCCAGGAGGAGCACAGGAACCAAGGGCCCUGGCUCUACUGUAAAGUCAGGAUGGAGAAUUUGUUUGGAAAAAAGAUUGAAUGCAUCUCGCGACCGCCCAGUUCUGCGUCAGCGACGGGAAUCAAGUGGCUACAUCAAAAGGAAUUGAAGGCAUUGAAAGAAGCUAUUAUCAAAAUAUAGACUUGUGUAACGUACUCUAACAUUUGAUGAUGUUUUAU